AUGGAGCCCGGGUGGAGGCAUUCCACAAUUUACGGUCGUCUUGCUGCCAUGGACCAGUACAUCCUCGACGCGCCGCUCGCAAAGACGGCUGCUGGCAGCCACGUGCUCGUGUGUCACCACCGCCAGACGCACUCGCGGUGUGUCAUCAAGCGUACUACAGAAAGGUCGUCCGAGGCGGCGCUGGGGACGGUCGAGCGAGACGCCUACUACCUUCUUGCUUCGAGUCACAAGCCACCUUUGCAUGGCGCGCGCCAUGUCGUCCGGCUCUUGCACGCGUUCCAAGAAAAACAGCACCAGCAUCUCGUGCUCGAGCACUGCGCCAACGGCGACCUCUACCACGCCCUCCAGACGUCCCGUCCCGGCGACCGGACAAUGUGCGCACACAAGUACUUUUCCCAAAUCGCCGCCGGCCUCGGCUACAUCCAUAGCUGCGGCCUUGCGCACCGCGAUCUCUCGCUCGAAAACGUCUUUGUUGACGCCAACGGCAAUCUCAAGAUCGGCGACUUUGGCCUCGCCAUGCCGCUCCAUGGGAUCUCGACCCACGCCGUUGGCAAGUCGUACUACAUGGCGCCCGAGAUGCACGGACCACACGGGUACAGCGCGGCUAAGGUCGAUGUGUGGUCGUUGGGUAUUUUGCUCUGGAUGCUCUUGACGGGUGUGCCGCUGGUCGAGGCGUCAAGCGACGACGACCAAGCAUUUGGGUACUUGAAGCGGUGUGGCGUGCGCGGUCUCGUGGACGUGUGGAAACUGGAGAUGCCGAACGACGCAGUCGAGAUGCUCGAGAUGCUGCUGGUCGUCGACCCGACGCGGCGACCUGAUAUGGCGACCGUCCUGCAGCACGACUAUUGCACCGCAUGUAGCCCUGAUGAUCGAAUUUGA